AUCUUCGAGGUCUUGGCAAUUUAAUCUGCAGAACAGUGAAAUAAAUAAAUACGCUACUUUUCUCCACCUAUUUCUUUCAUAAAAUUUAAGAAAAAUGUUUACUUCGAUUUCUAUAGUUAGCUUGCUUAGCUAUUUUCUGUUAGGAGUUAUAGGAUGGAUCACUUAUAAAAUUUUUAUUUGGCCUUAUUAUGUUUCUCCUUUGAGAAAAAUUCCUGGUCCACCAUCUGACAAUCCAAUUUUAGGAAAUCUACAAUCACUUCUGUCGUCUGUCGACUCUACUGAUCCAAAACUUGAAUGGGUCAGAAAAUAUGGAAAUAUUGUAAAAUACAAUGGAUUAUUUAAUAAACCAACCCUUCUUGUCACCGAUCCAAAAAUAAUUCAAGAUAUAUUGACGAGUAGUAAAGCUUAUGAUUUCGUUAAAUCUCAUAAUGAGUUUAAUCUUGCACUUCUCGGUAAUGGUCUUGUAUUUGCGGAAGGUGACGAUCAUAAAAGACAAAGAAAAAUGAUGACUCCAACUUUCACUCACGGUAACAUUAAAGAAAUGGUCCCAACAUUUAUUCGUGUAGCUUCAACUUUAAAAGGUUUAAUCGAAAAAGAGAUAAAUCAAGGAAAUUCUAAUAUUAAUCUUUCACCUUAUAUCUCAAAGACUACUUUAGAUAUUAUUGGCUUAGUAGGAUUUAGUUAUGAAUUUAAUUCGUUAACAUCCUCAAACGAAUUAGCAGCAGCUUAUGAAUCUCUUUUCAAUAAGCAACUAAGUAUCUUACAAAUUGCCGUUAUGAUGGCAGCAACUUAUAUUCCAAUUAUAAAAGAUAUUUCAACAGCCAUGGACGUGAAUUUUAAGAAUGCGUGUGAAGUUAUUAGCCGCGUAUCAAGACAACUGGUUGAAGAAAAAUACAAAGAAGCCGAAAAUGGAGAAUUGAAAAAUAAGGAUUUGUUGUCGUUAUUGAUCAAUACUAACAAAAUACUGCCUGAUGAAGAAAAAAUGACUUUUGAAGAAUUAAAAAAUCAGAUUAUGACAUUUUUAAUGGCUGGACAUGAAACCACAAGUAUUGCAAUUUCUUGGGCAUUGUAUUUACUCGCACAACAUCCACAUGAGCAAGACAAGUUGCGUGAAGAAUUAGUUAAAGCUUUUCCUGAUAAAUCAAAUUUCAAUCCUACAUAUGACGAAAUUAAUUCUUUAGAGUAUUUAAAUUGCGUAAUUAAAGAAAAUUUAAGAUUAAUCCCUCCAGUACCAGUUGUUAGUCGAUUUAAUGUAAAGGAUGAAGUUUUUGGGGAAUACAUGAUUCCAAAGAAUACUGAGACAUUGAUUGGAACGUCAGUACUUCAAAGAUCAACUGAACUUUGGGGCCCAACGGCUGAGAAUUUUGAUCCAAAAAGAUGGUUGGAUCCUUCUACAACAAAUGCAGCAAAUUUGAAUUAUUUGCCUUUCCUUAAUGGCCCAAGAGGAUGUAUAGGCAAUAAAGUAGCUUUGGCUGAAGCUAAAAUAAUAUUAGGAAUGUUAAUCAGGAAUUUUGUUUUUCAACCAACUAAAGGAUUUAAAAUUAAAAAAGCAUCUUUUCCUUUAACUAAACCUGAUCCAUAUCUUGGGUUGACUGUAUCUAUAAUUGAAUCUUAAAUUUAUUUUCUGAAUUUAUCUUCUUUUUAUAUACAUGUGUAAACAAUUACGUUAUUACU